GAGAGAGAGAGAGAGAGAGAGAGAGCACCACGCAAGCGCGCAAAGAAGAGAUUGGACACCUGAUUUUGUGGGGUGUCUUUCUCGGCCGCUAUUUCACAUUUUAAGUCAAACAAUCCGUGUUUUUGAAAGGCCCUCGCAGUGCCGUGGGGGCACAUGCCGUGGAUUAUUAUCAGCAUGGACAAAUGGGGGAGAGAGGACAGAACACUGCGUUGACUUCUGAAGCAACGCGCACAGUCUUGACGCUAUAGCGUUACGCAUUUAUUUUACUGUGAGCGCUUUUCCCCCCCGUUUGAAUCCCACUCGCUGCUGCAUCUCAACAUUGUAAAAGUCCAAUAUCUGUGGAUAAGGAACAGAGCAGGGUGUUGUCAGAGAGGGAUGAGAGGAGGAGGGGGCAGUAUGAGGUGUGCUUUUUUUGGAAAAGCCGGAGAAAGACGGACACCGAGAAGGUGUAGUGAUGUGCGAAAGCCUGCGACGCGUUCCCCUCCUGAGAAAUAAUCGCGAUCAGGGAAGAAAUGGCCUAGUUAAAACAUCAUCGACACACCGGCAGAGGAUAGAAAAGAAGAAUCGUGUCUAGAUGGACGGGCCAUCAUCAUCAUCAUCGUCAUCAUUAUAAUUCCUGUGCUGGCAUCGAGUCUUUUUAGGUAUAACUGGCUUCCUGACUGCAGCUCUGGACCCACCAGGACGAGGAUCCAAAGAGGAAGACGGAUGAGACCACAGAGUCUACCUGAGAAUGCGACCUGUCCCUCCGCCUCACCAUGUCACCCUAGAAAAACUGUUAACCUGCCCUUGUCCACAAAUCCUCUUUUUGCCUUUGUUAUUUCCCAUAACCCACUGAGUUUGUGAUCCCCCUUUACGCCCAGCUGAAGUCCUAGUGAUAUGACUAAAAGAGCAUUUAUUUUGGACAUGUUGUUUUUUCCUCUCAAUGCUGCCAGCCACCAAGGCUAUGGCGGGAAGCGCCACUAUACGUCUCAGCAGGUUGCUAAUCACUGUCUGCUGUGGCUCUUGGGACUAGUGCUACACCUCACCCUCUCCUCGUGUCAACGGGUUGACCUGAAACACCCCAUAGUGUCCACUGGCUAUGGAAAGAUCCGUGGAAUCAGGAAGGAGCUCAACAAUGAGAUCUUGGGGCCGGUGGAACAGUACUUAGGUGUGCCGUAUGCCACCGCACCUGUCGGCGAGCGCCGCUUCCAGCCUCCUGAAGCUCCAGGAUCCUGGCAAGAGAUUCGCAAUGCCACCCAUUUUGCACCAGUGUGUCCCCAGAAUGUCCACGGGGUUUUACCUGAGAUCAUGCUGCCAGUGUGGUUCACAGACAACCUGGAUGCUGCAGCAACCUAUGUUCAGAACCAGAGUGAAGACUGCCUUUACCUCAACAUCUAUGUACCCACUGAAGAUGGUCCGCUCACGAAAAAGCAUGAUGAGUCUACAAUGAACAGACCGAGGGAUGAAGAUAUUCGGGAUCGUCGUAAGAAGCCAGUGAUGCUGUUCAUCCACGGAGGCUCCUACAUGGAGGGCUCGGGGAACUUGUUUGAUGGCAGCGUCCUUGCUGCCUAUGGAAAUGUCAUUGUGGUCACCAUGAACUAUCGGCUUGGUGUGCUCGGGUUUCUGAGCACAGGGGACCAGUCUGCUAAGGGGAACUAUGGCUUGUUGGACCAGAUCCAGGCCCUGCGCUGGCUCAAUGAAAACAUUGGCCACUUUGGAGGAGACCCAGAGAGAAUCACCAUCUUUGGCUCAGGCGCUGGUGCCGCCUGUGUGAACCUUCUCAUCCUCUCCCACCACUCCGAGGGCCUGUUCCAGAGGGCCAUCGCUCAGAGCGGCUCAGCCAUUUCCAGCUGGGCAGUCAACUACCGACCGAUGAUGUACACCAAGAUCUUGGCCAGGAAGGUCGGCUGCACUCUGGGGGAUAUGGCUGAGUUAGUGGAAUGCCUGAGGAGGAAGAGUUUCAGGGAGUUAGUGGACCAAGACAUCCAGCCUGCACGCUACCACAUCGCUUUCGGACCUGUAGUAGAUGGGGAUGUGGUGCCUGACGAUCCUGAGAUCCUCAUGCAGCAGGGUGAGUUCUUGAACUACGACAUAUUGCUGGGCGUCAACCAGGGAGAGGGCCUGAAAUUUGUGGACGACAGUGAAGGAGAAGACGGAAUAUCCGCAGCCUCGUUUGACUACACCAUCUCCAACUUUGUGGACAAUCUGUAUGGAUACCCUGAUGGUAAAGACAUUCUGAGAGAAACCAUAAAGUUCAUGUACACCGACUGGGCUGACAGGGACAACAGUGACAUGCGUAGGAAGACCCUCCUGGCUCUGUUCACGGACCAUCAGUGGGUGGCCCCGGCUGUCGCCACCGCCAAACUGCACGCUGAGUUCCAGUCGCCCGUCUAUUUCUAUACCUUCCACCACCACUGUCAGACCGAGGCGAGGCCAGACUGGGCCGACGCAGCCCAUGGAGAUGAGAUCCCAUAUGUGUUUGGGAUUCCCAUGGUGGGAGCCACUGACCUGUUUCCCUGUAACUUCUCCAAGAACGAUGUAAUGCUCAGUGCCGUGGUCAUGACAUACUGGACCAACUUUGCCAAGACAGGAGAUCCUAACCUACCAGUUCCUCAGGACACCACGUUCAUCCACACCAAGCCCAACCGCUUUGAAGAGGUCAUCUGGACCAAGUUCAGUUCCAAAGACAAGCAGUACUUGCAUAUCGGCCUGAAGCCUCGUGUCAGAGACAACUACCGGGCCAACAAGGUGGCCUUCUGGCUGGAGCUGGUGCCACAUCUCCACAGCCUCCACAAGGAAAUCAUUAGCUCCAUCACAACUCGACUGCCGCCCGGAGGCACCAACCGCUGGAAGGGCCCUCACAGCCCCGGCACCCGCUCCACACGGCACCCUGUAAUCUCCACCUAUCCGCCUGAUCCUGAACCCUAUGGUUCAGAGAGACCCCGCUUUUCUCCCUUUCCCGACGUGACGCGGGACUACUCCACCGAGCUGAGUGUGACGGUAGCUGUGGGCGCCUCGCUUCUUUUCCUCAACGUGCUGGCCUUUGCUGCGCUUUACUACAAACGGGAUAAGCGCCAUGAACUCAUGCAGAGACGCCACCGCCGGCUGUCCCCGCAGCGUGUCACGACGAUGGGCAUGGGCGUCGGCAUGGGAGUAGUAGGGGCCCCGCCGCACAAUGACCUGGCGCUGAGUCAGGAGGAGGAGCUAAUGUCACUGCAGAUGAAGCAGCAGAGAGUGGAGCUGGAGCACGGCACACCCCUCCCUUCCCGCGGCAUCCACGGCGACCUGGAACCCCUGCGGCCCCCCGUGUGCCCACCUGACUACACGCUGGCCCUGCGGCGGGCGCCGGAGGAUGUGCCACUGAUGACAGCCAACACCAUCACCAUGAUCCCGAGCACCAUCAGCAGCAUGCAGCCCCUCCACCCCUUCAACACUUAUCCCCCUGUCCCGGCCCCCUCCACCACACCCGUGCCCAGCCACAGCAACAAUGCCCUGCCACACCAACACUCCACCACCCGUGUAUAGGACCAGGCACAACCUCUGCUACCCCACCCUGGGCUUACAGAGACGCACCACACAAACUGCUCCAUACAAACCCCACUCUCACCACCGUCUUUUCUUCUUCACUAUAUCUUUGUCUUUUCUCAUGAAGCCCUCAAAUAAAGCUGCAGUUUGUAAGAUUUUAAGCAGUGAAAUACCUCUAAAAUGUAACCAUAAAUCAAGGAGGAGAUGA